UCGAAGUCAUUAUGCGCAGGUGCAACUUCUACCAAGCAUGAUCAGUCGCUGCUUUGGCUUAAUUUGGGUGAUGGACUCGUAUUAACUGUGUGAUGCUGCCUCGCCAACAACACUGUCAUUGUCUUGUCGCUGUGAAAAUUAAACGAGUGCCUCCGAUCCAUAUGUAUCUACGCACACGCGUCAGCCAGCACACAUUCCCGCAAGGCAAACCACACGAGAGAUCUCCGCACACGCCAGCUAGUAGCAGCUGGUAAUGGCGGCGCAGGAGGAGGCGAAGGCGGCGACACGGCGCCGGAGGAGGGGACACCCUCUGCUGCGGGGGUGCAGGCGCGAGAGGUACACGCACGGGCUGCACCUGGCGCAGAUGGAGGCGCUCCGCGCCAUGUGCGGCGCGCUCAUCCCGUCCCUGCCGCUGCCGCCGGUGACGGAACGGUCGCUCCACGGCGACAGCAGCGACGGCGGCGAACGCAAGGACCUCGAGCGGUUCUACCUCGCCUCUGCGGCCGACGGUACCAUCCCCGAAGAGGUCGCGGAGCUGGUGACUCGAUGCGUUUGGGAGGCGGUGGUGCUGGUGAACGUCGUGCUCUGGAUCCUGAGCACCAAGGUGGGCACCUUGGCUCUCUGUGGCCGACUCUGCAUCUCCGGCGGCAAGUUCCCCUACGUCCGCAAGUUCGCCGACAUGCCAGUGGAGCGGCGAGAGCAAGCAUUGACGCAGUGGAACAGGACGCGGUGGUUGUUCCCCCUCAAAAUCACCUUCGUCGUCGUCAAGAUCCUCUCGCACUACGCAUUCUACACGACGAUAAAUGAGAACUCCGACGACAACCCAAGCUGGAAAGCAAUAGGAUACAGUGUACCACACGGGGAAGAAGAAACACGGGAAGAUGAAACGGAAGCAGCACCGUCGCCGCGGCCUCUGGACAAUGGCAUCGUGGAGACCAAGGCGCUGGACGACACUGCACUACUGACGUCACUCAUGGCCAGAGGGCUCGAGGUGAAACCGGCCGCGCCGCCUGCUAACGCGUACCACACGGUCCGAUGCGACGUCGUCAUCGUCGGCUCAGGCUGCGGUGGCGGCGUGGCCGCAGCGGUGCUCGCGUCGGCGGGGCACAAGGUCGUCGUCAUCGAGAAGGGGGACUAUUUCACCGCCGAGGACUACAGCUCCGUCGAGGGCCCGUCCAUGGAGCGGCUCUACGAGAAGGGCGGCAUCUUCUGCACGACCAACGUGACGACCAUCUUGUUCACGGGCACGACAGUCGGCGGCGGCUCGGCGAUUAACUGGUCGGCAAGCAUCCGCACGCCGGAGGAGGUCAGGCAGGAGUGGGCGCGCGAGCACGGCCUCCCCGUGUUCGCGAGCCCCGGUUACGUGCAGGCCAUGGACGCCGUGUGCGCCCGGCUCGCCGUGACCGACGGGUGCCGGGACGAGGGGUUCCAGAACAAGGUUGUGCGCCGUGGCUGCGAGGCGCUCGCGCUACGUGCCGACGCCGUGCCGCGCAACUCGUCGGAGGACCAUUUCUGCGGUAGCUGCUACAUCGGCUGCCCCACCGGCGAAAAGCGCGGCACUGACACCACGUGGCUCGUCGACGCCGUGGCGCGCGGCGCCGUCAUACUGACAGGAUGCAAGGCCGAGCGCUUCAUACUUGAGAGCAAUUCUAAUUCUAGUUCCGGCAGGAAGGGCCGGAAGUGCGUGGGCGUGGUGGCGAGGUGCAUGAGCAAUGGCAUCACCAAGGAGCUGCGCAUCGAGGCAAAGGUUUCGAUCUCAGGGUGCGGGGCUCUCAUGACGCCACCGCUGCUGCGAAACAGCGGGCUCAAGAACAGGCACAUCGGCCGCAACCUUCACCUCCAUCCGGUGUCCAUGGCGUGGGGCUACUUCCCGGAGAACAAACAGCAGGCGCAGAUUACCGGCAAGUGCUUCGAGGGCGGCAUCAUCACCAGCAUGCAUCGCGUCACGGAACGCACCAUCAUCGAGACGCCGGCGCUAGGGCCAGGUUGCUUCGCGUCACUGAUGCCAUGGGAGUCAGGACGCGACAUGAAGGAACGCAUGCGGCGGUACGCGCGCACCGCGCACGCCUUCGCGCUGGUGCGCGACCGCGGCGCGGGGACCGUGGACGGCGAGGGCCGCGUGCGCUACACGCCGAACCGGGCCGACGCCGAAGAGCUCCGCAACGGCCUGCGCCGAGCGCUGCGGAUCCUGGUGGCCGCGGGCGCGGCCGAGGUCGGCACCCACCGCAGCGACGGGUUCGGGCUUCGGUGCAACGGCGGCGUGCGAGAUGACGAGCUGGAGGCGUUCCUUGACGAGGUGACCGUCGCGGAAGGUCCAAUGCGCCCUGGGCCGGAUAAGUGGGCGCUCCAUUGCUCGGCGCACCAGAUGGGCAGCUGCCGGAUGGGGUCCAGCCCGAAAGACGGCGCCGUGGACGGCCGCGGCGAGAGCUGGGAGGCGGAGGGGCUGUACGUGUGCGACGGCAGCCUGCUGCCCACGGCGGUGGGCGUGAACCCCAUGAUCACCAUUCAGUCCAUCGCCUUCUGCCUCUCCAAGGGCAUCGCCGAGACCCUGGCGCACGGCAAGGACAAGGGACAGUAGGCCUAUGAUCGAGACGCGCCGGGCGAUGCGCGAAUGCGUGUCAGCGUGUGUUGAACAUGCAUGAUGUCUGUGCGCUUGUUAAUCAAGUGUAUGGUGAGCGCGUCGUUUAUAUAUAGUCCUUCGCGCAGAUGGUUCCUGUUGAACAUUGUCCGUUAUGUAUGAGCAGGAUUAUCGAUGCCUUCAUGGUUGUGCCUUGUAAAUAAACUCAGUGCAUUGGAAUGUACGGCUCAAGCCUCUAGCAGUCUAGCCAGAUUGUUGCAUUUUUUCU